AUGGCAACCACUCCUUUUCAAUUCCUCUUCAUUCUUCUCCUCGCUCUAGCCUUGCUUUCUGGCAACAAUGCGGCAGAGUCGAAGAAGGCGGUGCCCUUCGGCAAACGCAACAUCGGUGGUCACUUCAAAGACUGGUAUCUUUCCAAGAUGACCAAGAACUAUUUUUGCACUGUCAACGGUCGAAUGGUUCCUGUAGACCCCCGCACGGGUCACAUGCUGCUUAAGGGUCUUCGCAAGCGCGACAUCACCGAUGCGUUCGACGAUCAGCUUGGUCAUUCCGCUAAGACUGAGACUGGGUCGUGCCGCACUCCAACCUGGGUCCUGCCCCAAGGCUGGACGCAGCCUAUUCCAGUGACGCAAUUUGUGGCGCAGUAUCCUUGGAUGGACGUGGACGAGAGAGGACAGAUGCAUUUGAAGCCUGAUUACAGAGCAUGGUUGGAGCAGCAGGGCGAGCUGAGGCAGCAACAGGCGGCUCAGGGUGGAGGACAGGCUCUUGAAGCCGGUGGUGCUACUGGUGCCGCUGCCAGAGGAGUAGUUCAGGACGGUGGUGUUGGAUACGUUCCUCCUUCGUUCCUGAAUGUUGGUACUGGCAUGACAACGAGUUCGGGUCUGGGUGGUAACAACUUUGGUAAUGGUGUAGCGGCUGGUAGUGCUGCACAUUUCUAA